AUGGUCGACCCGAUCAUCGGCACGAAGCGCCUCACCAAGGUACUGAUGGACGGGGACAGUGGCCUCAACAUCAUGUACGUCGAGACCCUGGAUGCCAUGGGCAUCGACCGGUCACGCAUUUGGCUGUCUGGAGCGCCAUUCCACGGCAUCGUGCCAGGGAAGCAGGCGAUACUGCUCGGGCAGAUUGACCUGCCCGUAACAUUCGAGGAUCUAACCAACUACAGGAUGGAGACCCUCACCGAUGAGUGCGAGGUGGAGAGUUGCGAGCUUGCCUCGGUGGUCAACGCCUUUGAGGAACUCGUAGUCAUCCGGGAGGAAACCGCGGAGGAGGCGCCCAACUCCAGGAGGAGCAUCAGAUCCUUUGAGCCCGUGGAGGCUGCCAAAGAGAUCCUCAUCGACCCCAACAACUCGGGGGACAAGAGGGUGCGGAUCGGCAGAGAACUCUCCUCCAAAUAG